UUGUUGUGCUGGGAAAGUGAAAAUGAAGAAGAUGGAGGCGUAGUGCGGCCGGGAGACCAUGUUCGGCGAAUUUUUCCCAAAUAAACCCCUCCAAGCUUUUGCCAGUGUCAUGUGCGUUGGUGUGGAGUGAAGUGUUUAAUCUGUGCUUUCCAUUCCGCUCUUCGGAGAGCGUGUGGAGUAGGAUAUAAGUGUGUGAAAAGAGAAAAUAAAAGAUCAGCCAAAAUGGGGAACUGUUUUAGUAGCAAUUCGGGAACGGGGAAAAAAGACUCGACCAUUUCUGACAGUCGGAGUAUUGCCUCGCCCAACAACAUUUUCACGGAACAGGUGCAGUCACCACCUAUGACUGGGCCAACAAUCAGUGACCCAAGUGGGGCUGUGCGAGGACCUGCAGACAGUCAUCCCCUGGGAGGACGGCCCAUGAAUGGGCUUAAUCCCACCUUACCUUCACUGCCAGACCCAGAGGGCACAGCUGCAACAUUAUCAAAAAUAUUUGUCGCACUCUAUGACUAUGAUGCGAGAACAGAUGAAGACUUGAGUUUUAAAAAGGGAGAGCAUUUAGAAAUCCUUAAUGACACGCAAGGUGACUGGUGGUUCGCAAGAUCAAAAGCUACCAAGCAGGAGGGCUACAUCCCUUCAAACUAUGUAGCCAAGCUCAAGAGUAUAGAAGCUGAACCUUGGUACUUUGGUAAAAUCAAGAGAAUAGAAGCAGAGAAGAAAUUACUUUUACCUGAGAAUGAACACGGCGCCUUCUUAAUACGAGAUUCAGAAAGCAGAAGAAAUGACUACUCUUUAUCAGUCCGAGAUGGUGAUACAGUCAAGCACUACCGUAUCCGACAACUAGACGAGGGGGGCUUCUUCAUUGCCCGCAGGACAACUUUCCGAACUCUCCAGGAGCUGGUUGAACACUACAGUAAAGACGCCGAUGGCCUUUGCGUCAACCUCCGCAAACCAUGCAUUCAGGCUAUUGAGAAGCCAGUUACAGCAGGAUUGUCUCACAACACCAGAGAUCAGUGGGAGAUUGACCGCUCGUCUCUCAAGUUUGUUCGCAAGUUGGGACACGGGCAAUUUGGAGAGGUUUGGGAAGGCCUCUGGAACAACACAACUCCUGUGGCUAUCAAAACCCUCAAGCCUGGUACAAUGGAUCCUAAGGACUUUUUGUCCGAAGCCCAAAUAAUGAAGAAAUUACGUCAUCAGAAGUUGAUCCAACUGUAUGCAGUAUGCACUCUAGAAGAACCAAUUUAUAUUAUUACAGAACUUAUGAAGAAUGGGUCUCUCCUUGAGUAUCUUCAGGGUAAAGGAAGAGGGUUGAAGCUAAACAACCUCAUUGAUAUGGCAGCACAAAUCGCUGCAGGUAUGGCCUACUUAGAGUCACAGAAUUAUAUCCACCGUGACUUGGCUGCUAGGAAUGUACUUGUAGGGGACAGCAACAUCGUCAAAAUUGCAGAUUUCGGUCUGGCUCGACUAAUCAAGGAGGAUGAAUAUGAGGCAAGAGUGGGUGCACGCUUCCCCAUCAAGUGGACAGCCCCUGAAGCAGCAAACUACUCCAAGUUCUCCAUCAAGAGUGAUGUCUGGUCAUUUGGUAUCCUUCUCACAGAGCUAAUAACAUAUGGCCGCAUACCAUAUCCAGGUAUGACAAACGCAGAGGUGCUACACCAGGUGGAGCAUGGGUACCGAAUGCCUCCACCACCUGGCUGUCCACCAGCUCUCUACGACAUCAUGGUUGAAUGUUGGCACAAGGACCCCAUGAAGAGACCAACCUUUGAGACCCUUCAGUGGAAGUUGGAAGACUUCUUCACCCUGGAGGGAUCAGAGUACAAGGAAGCCGCUGUGGCUUACUGACCCUCAAUAAUGAAGCCCAGGUCGGCUGCCUCUAAUGACAUGGAACUUUAUCCUGCAUUCUCUUAAGUAUUCUGUUUGUUGAUGUAGGAACUGGAAAGUUCUACACUGACUGACCUACACUGACGUCAGGUCAAGGACUAAGCUUCUGUGCCUGGAAGCUACUUAACCCUCAAUGACCACUGAGUGUAGACUUGUAGAAAACCUUCACAGGAAAUCGGUAUUAUAUUUAAAUGGACUUGUUGUUCAGUAGGCUCAUGUGGGUUAGUUGAUUGUGAUUAUAGCAGUCAUAACAUCUAUUCACUUUCUUGGUGGAAAUGCAAAAUAGCCAACCAACAUCAAUUUAAAAAAUGGUCAUGACAUUUAGUAACAAAGAAGGACAAAUGAAUGGAAAUAUAAACAUACAAGAAGCUCUUGUUACUGAAUGUGACUUGAAAUUAACUCAGUGGUGAUAAUGCAUGAAUACAGUAUUCAGAAUAGAUAUGCUCCAUUUGUGUGUUCUGAAGGAUUAAGAUAUAAAUUGCAAAGAAGCUCAUAUGAAAGGUUUUAUUUAUUAUUACUUUUUUUUAUCAAUAUUAUUUUUAAUCUUGGUCAAGAGAUGUGUAAGAUACUACUUUUAUAUUUGCAAAUUUUAAAACAGGGUACAGUUGCCCUGAUUUUUUUCUCUAUAUAUAUUAUGGUACGCAAUUAGGGAUUAUAGACAGAUGUAGUGUCUGUGACCAAAGUAUGAUUUAUACAUGAUAUUCAGGGAAAAGAAAUUACCGAAGCAGAAAUCAUAGAAAGGCAAAAGUCAUUGGAAGUGUUUCUCCUGCUGCGUGCAGACAUAUUUUUGUGAGAAAGAGACAUGGUAAAUGGUGAUAGUUACUUUGUAUGGCUGAUACUGUGGCUGUAUUUGUGUUUAUACAUGAAAUUUUCUGAGAAGAGGAAAAUGUUCUCAGUUUUCCUUUCUGCCAGGUGUUUAAGCAGUGACUUUUCCAUAUGCAAAUCCUCCCCCAACCUUCAGUAAUAGACAUGCUUCAUGUAGAUUAUUGCCAAUGCAGUCCCAUUGUAAGAUAAAUUUUAUGACGUGGUAAUAUACUUUUAUGCUUAUAAUGCUGGUCCUUUCUUUUCUCAUGGAAGUGCAUGUGGAUUGAUGGAAGGAGCUUAAAAAAGAGGACGUGAAAAAUAAUUAGAUAAAAGAACUGCCUUCUAGGAGAUUGUUACAAAAUGGAAUGUUUCCUAUUUAUGGCAUUUACAGACACUUGGAGUUUGCACCAAAGAUAUGCUGAGAUAGAGAGAGAGGAAAUUUGUUUUAACAAACAGAAAAAAAUGUGUUGGAGAAAGCAUACACUUGUAAGUGCAUUGUGUAUUGUUUCACCUCAUGCUCAACUUGGAACUUGUAUAUGAUAGAAAGUGUUGUGUUGGUUCUUUACCGUUAUGCUCGUGCUGGUGAAUGACUUCUUUUUCUCUCAGUCUACACACACACAAACAUGCUUUCUGUACAUACAUACACAUGGUUUCGAUAUGUAGAUUUUGCCUCCAGGUUGGCAGUUAUCAGUUUUGUUAUUAUCUUCUUUUUAUAGUCAUUGUUGCCAUUGUCAUUAUCAUAAGAAUGAUGUUGGUAAUGUUGAUGACACUAAUGAUAACAAUCAUGAAACUAAUGUUAGUUAUAAUUAUUAUUGUAGAUAUUGUUAUUUUUUUCUUAAACUGCCUUUUGAAUAUUUAUUAAUAACUUGUAAUACUCAGAAGAUUGCAUGAUUGUUAUGUAUACUUUGUUACUUUUUCUUGGAUUGAUUCACUUUCUUAUCCAUUUUUAUUGUCUUUCACAAUCUUAUAUCAAUUCAAUUUCUACUUGAAUCACAUAUCAGAUUACACAUUUGUUUCAUUCACUUUCAGUGUUUUUAUUCAUCUUUUCUUGUUAUUGUUGUUUUGAACAAUGAAUAUACCCUCUACUAAUUUCUCACAUCCUGUUUAAUCCUCAGUAAUCUCCUUCUCAUGCAUUCAUUUCUUAUCACUCCAAAAGACUCCUUAAAAGUGAGCUGUAAAUGGGUAUGUGUUUAUCAGCCACAGCAAUAAACAUGGACAUCUUUUUGAGUUCCAGUUAGAAGCAUAGUCCUUUAUGUAGCAGCUGGCUGAUAUCAUGCUGUAUCUUUGUUGUCUUCAUAAUUUCUUUUACCUCUGUCUUUACUUCUAAGUUAAAAAGCUCACUUUUUAAUCUUUGGAAAACAUGAGGCCAUUUUUGUAAAUUUGUAAAUCUUUGUAUAGACAUGUUGUCAUGUUUUAUCAUUUACUUUAGUGGACUGCAACACACUUGAUAGCUAAACAGGCUUUUGGGAUUGGCAAACUGUGUUUGCUCUCUCUUUAUGCAACUCCAAAUAAAAAAAAUGAAAAGAUAUAAUUCGAAAAAAGUAUGUAUUCUUAUUUUGCUUAUUGAUUCCAAAUUGCCUUAAAAGAUGUGUUUGCAUGGAAAAAUAUUGAACAUGUAAUAGAAUUAUCAAAUCAUUAAAGGAAAAAAUGGGCUACAUGCCAGCAGUUCAUUUGAAGGAAACAUUAUCAGUAAUCUCAGGUACAGCAAAAGGCAGAUCUCUAUGCAGUUGGCAGCAAAGUGGGGGGGAAGUAUAAGUGAGUGUGUAGUGUUUCAGCUCUUGACUGACACAAGUUAGAAUAGGGUUUUGCCAGAUCCUGUAACAAGAUUUACUACAUUCCUGCCUGGAUUAGUUAAGGUUUACAAGAAAUAUGGGAUUGUAUCACGCAGAUACAUGCAGUCUUAGGUGCAUUUAGAAUGGAUUGAAGGAAAAUGAAAUUGAUGUACAUACUAUUAAGGACCAAUGAAAAGAGGUGGUUUUCUUCAGAUUCUCAUAACCACUGAGGCAGUCUAACUAUAUAAGGGAUAAGUUAUUUAUCUGUAUUCUAUUUUUAUUUAUCUUUUAUUUUUUAUACCUUGCCAUAAAGCUAGAGAUGGGCUUAGCCACAGUUUUUGAUUUGUUCAAAGCAAAUGUGGGUAGUCAAGCAUAAAAUUUAAAAAGUGUGCAAUUUGGUUUUACAAAUAAGCCCACAUAAUACAAGUUCUUUUAUCAUGAAAUUAUUUCAUGAACCAUUAAAAUACUUUUUCUAUGUAAAUUAUUGAUUACAGUUAAAGUGAAAAUUAUUUUUGGACAAUAUUUACUAUGUAAUGGCAUAUAUACACAAUAUUUUAUUUAUCAAGUCCAAUGUAGAGGUAGCUUUUUGUGGCAUAGGAAAAAUAAAAUGUAUUUUUUAAUAAUAUAAACAAUUAUGUGUUAAGGUAUAAAAAGUAAGAUUAAAAACUCCAAACCACAGCCUAAUUGCAAAAGGAAAAUUCAUAAACAACUUACAAAAACAAAAUUGUAAAUCAUUAAAUUGUGCCACUGAAAUUAUACCUUAUAGUUCCAGCUAUGUGUCUUAAUGUGUGUGCACACACCAGGUGUCUUUGGCCACACUGGAUGCUCUCUAUGCUACCCUAACUGGUAAUAGGCACCAAAUUAUCAUUUAAAGGGAGAAACUGUGUGGUCCCAUUUUUUUGAAAAAUGUCAAGGAACUGUGUUGAGAGGUAAUGAAUGGGUCAACGACCAAAAAAGGAAAGCAAAAACUAUUUUCUGCAAUAUGGUUCUCCAGCUUGUAGUUACGGGAGCAUGGCAGAGCAUAGACCUUUUCAGGAUGCUCAGAUAUUGUCAGCCUCACUGCUACAGAAAAAUAAUAAAUGAAUAAAAAAAGUAACAAAUUAAAAGUGCCUGCGGCAUUUGUUGUCACACCUAAAAGAACGAAAGGAUUCCCUAAUGAGGCCUUGCCAUUGAGACCAGUACAAUCAGUCUUUUGCAUGGUGCAAUAUUACAGGUUAUGGCUUAGCGGACACAACCUGGUCAGUUUCCUUUUAUACAUAAGGUGCAUAAUUGUAACACCAUUCAAGUUUUGAGAAUUCCUGGCCUUUUUUCACCAUUUUUAUUUUAAAGGUUGUAUUGGGAACUAAUGGUAAGGUUUCUUCAGGCCUGUGUGUGUGUAUAGAGCUAAUUGAUAUUAUAGGUUUAAUUUGGUAAGAUAAGAUGCUACUGUAUAUUACAAGGAGUGUGGUUUUGUACGAUUUGAAGACUAGGAUAUAAUGCCAUUCAAAACUUGUGAUUAAUAAUGUCAAUAUUUUUUACCACUAUGUUCAGCCUCCUUCCCUUCAUGUAUAGCUUGAUGGUGAAUGCUGGCAAAGGAUAGAAUAGUUGCAUAAACAAGAGACUUAACUUGUUGAUUUUUUUCUAAAUGUUUUAUACUUUAUUUGCAAAACAAAUUUCGCAAUAAUGAAUAUCUAAAUGUAAAGUCACUUUUGUACAUUUUAUUUUUAUUCAUAUCCCUCUCUCAUUUUCCCUUCCUCCAUUCCCAUUAUUCUUUUGAGAGUUGAUGAGAGUUGAAAGUCAGCUGCUCUGGUAGAAAGCUUUAUACGGUUAUGUAUGCUCAAUUUGGGUCAUCCUUUGAUUGCAGUAUGUUAGGUCAGUUGUUUCAUCUAGCUAUUAUCACUCGCUACCAGUCAGAACAACCCCUUCAAACUUUAUAAUACAUGACGCCCUAAACAAGGUAGCUUACAGGUUCAUGGUGUUUGUUUGCAUUACUUUCAAAGACUAGUAUUAUGGCAGUUCUCAUGAAUUAGCUCAAACAUUAGAAAAUAUGUGCAUAUGUGCAGCUAUCACAUUUGCACACAAACAUGAACACACAAAUAUGGAUCGGGUUCAUGCCAGUGCCCCAUCCGCUUUUCCCCCCUUUUAGCCACAAACCUAUUAUAAAUGGAUAUACUCAGAUUAUAUUGCUUGUUUUAUCCCCUCAUUCAAGUACUAGGGAGAUGCUACCACAGUGUGAAAGGAUUUGUACCUUCGGGAAAUUUGUGUAUGUGAUAAUUUUGUAGACCCAUUAAAAAUACUUUGUGAUGUUGCCUUGUCAUUUGAUAAGAUAUUGUUGUGGAUAUGCUAACCCAAGAAUACUUUUUUUUCGGUCAGGAAGUCUCAGUCAUGAACCGUCAUAAUCUUUGCACACUCAGUACAGAAAAGUAAUAAUAACCUUUUUUUCCUAAUGUUCGAGGGUGCAUCAUUACCUUUUAGCAUCCCAGAUACCACCAGUGCAUGAAUGUUUUCUGUUUAAUUUUGAUUUUCAUUUUCUUAAACAUCAUUAUGGUAGUUCUUGGCAGGAUACAUAUAUUUAAUUAAAAGAAUGCCAUAGUGUUUAUUGAUGUGUAGUGAGUGAAUUUCUUACCUUUUGUCUUUUGAAAGAUUGAAAUGGCAUCUUGGCUACUGUUACAUGAGAUAAAAAGAAAAAGCAAUGGCAAUGUUCCUACUGUGUGCAAAUAAUGAAGGAGUUUUAUAUUGUAACCAGAAUACUCAAAAGUGGCAUGUGAUGCUCCCUCAGCGUGUUUGUACCCAGUCCAAUGAAUAGUGAUAAGGUCAGUGUGGUCACAAGUGUCAAGUCGCGAGUACACAUUUGGCAUCAUGCAUUUUUUUCACAAUUACAGUGAAGUUUGUAAUUUACUGUAGCUCAAAAGUACAUUUGAAUGAGUAAUAACACACCUGCAAAUGGAAAUGUUAAGAUGAACGAGUGAGGAUUGUCUUAAUAUCACCCAAACGCAUAACUGAAGUGCAGACAUCAGCUGAUUUUUUUCUACGAUAUACUGGCAUCAAAUGAGUCAGGAAGCUUAAUUAUAUGCAUGUUCGUAAUGAAACUUUUGAGAAUA